AUGCGUUUUGCGACCGUAGCCUCUGCUGUGACCGUCUUGGUCAGUGCUGCUGCUCCCGCCGUGGCCACCUUCAAUCUUCGCUGCAAUCUCGGAAGCUGGUACUGGAAGGACAAGGACUGCUGCAUUAAGGUUGGCGGACCCAUAUCUCCGCCCAGCCCUCCCUCUGGGAAUGCUUGCCCCAACUUGUGGUUCUGGAACAAGGACACCAACUGCUGUGCCCCUCGGUACACUCCCCCUUACAACCAGCCAUCGUGCAGCAACGGAUGGGUCUGGAAUCCCAGCACAUACUCUUGUCGCCCGCCUGCUACACCCCCACCAAAGAACAAUGAUUGUGGCGACAACAAAUGGUGGUGGGGUGGUCGCUCUUGCUGUCUUCCUCACGGAAACCCAUCGCCGCCGCUCCCUCCUCGCGGAAACAACUGCCCACCCAGUUGGUACUGGCAUGGACAACAAGGCUGCUGUGUACCUCAGCACCCUCCACCAACGCCUGUUCCGUCUUGCCCUCCCAACUGGGAGUGGAACCCUUACACCCAAUGCUGCAAGCCUACCCCUCCUACUCCACCUGGCCCCCAACCGAGCAAGCGCGCUACUACUGAUACCAAGCGCCACAAUGCUGUCCCUCAGCACAAGAAGAAGGCGACUGCCCAGUACACCGAGCUCGAGGCUUUCUUCUGCCCCGCGGGCAUGACCGCUUGCCCUAUCGGCGGGAUCUUCAGCACCGAGUCUGAAUGCUUCGAUACGCUUUCCGACCUGAAAUCUUGCGGAGGUUGCGCUUCGGUGGGCGCUGGACAAGAUUGCUCUGCGAUCCCCAACGUUAGCGUCUCGUCGUGCGAGAGCGGCGGUUGCACUGUCUUGUCUUGCAACGAAGGUUAUACCGUUAGCGAAGACAAACAAUCGUGCGUUGCCAUCUAA